CUUUUGCUCGCCACAUGUCCAAAUUCCCGUCGAGAAAACUCGCAUUUGCACUGCGCACACCAAGCCAAGCCGUCUCUCCCCUGCUCCCAACACGCUGCCCGAAGCCAAUAAGCCCAAUUGCUGCUGCUGCUGUUGCUGCUGGAUAUCUGCAGAGUGGUGCUGUUGCUGCCGUUGGCGUUGUCUCUACCCGUCGUCAUUCGUGUUUGGCUGCGACCUCGUCAACUAAGCUGGCUCCCCCCACAAGCCACCACCCUUCGAUUUCCCCCUCCCCCUCCUCCUCUUCACCUUCAUCUUCAUCUUCGUCGUCAUUUUCUGCUCGCCCCGUUCCCCGCCACCAUCAGUCUGCUUCUCUCCUUCGCCAGUCUGCUCCUUCGAACCGUGUUUCCAUUCUCGCCAGGCAUUUCUCGUCUUCCCCUUCCGCAAUGUCGUACGCAAAGGCGCCGUCCGAAUACUCCGUCCGCAAAGUCGGCCAGCCCAACACCCUCGAGUUCCGCGCGUACAUCGAGAGGGAUGGACACCCCGUAUCGCCCUUUCACGAUAUCCCACUGUAUGCCAAUGAGCAGCAGACCAUUCUGAACAUGGUUGUUGAGAUCCCGCGCUGGACAAAUGCUAAGCUAGAGAUCUCCAAAGAGGAAUUCCUCAACCCCAUCAAGCAAGAUGUGAAGAAGGGCAAACUGCGAUACGUGCGCAAUUGCUUCCCACACAAGGGCUACCUUUGGAACUACGGAGCACUUCCCCGCACGUGGGAAGACCCCAACGUUGUCCACCCGGAAACCAAAGCUAAGGGCGACAACGACCCCCUCGACGUCUGCGAAAUCGGAGAGCUGGUCGGAUACUGCGGCCAGGUGAAACAGGUCAAGGUGCUUGGUGUCAUGGCCCUGCUCGACGAGGAGGAGACUGACUGGAAAGUCAUUGUCAUCGAUAUCAACGACCCGCUUUCCCCAAAGCUCAAUGACAUCGAGGACGUUGAGCGUCAUCUCCCGGGCCUCCUGCGGGCGACCAACGAAUGGUUCCGUAUCUAUAAGAUCCCCGAUGGAAAGCCUGAGAAUCAAUUUGCGUUCUCUGGUGAAUGCAAGAAUAAGAAGUACGCCAUGGAAGUCGUCCACGAGUGCGCUGAUGCAUGGGAUAAAUUGAUGAGCGGGAAGAGCUCUCGCGGCGACAUCUCCCUCGCAAACACCACCUCGGAGCAAUCCCCAGACCGCGUCGACGCCAACCAAGUCAGCGCCAUCCCACCCCACCAAGAGCUCGCUCCUGCACCCAUCGACGGCAGCGUCGACAAAUGGUUCUUCAUCUCCGGAGCUGCUGUCUAAAGUUUCCUGUUCUCUUCUUUUCUCUUCUCUUCAUCUUUCCUUUUCGUAACCCAGCUUUCCUCCU